AUGAUGUGUGCCAUCUGCACUGGAGCGCACAUCCUCUCCUUCGACUACGUUAAGGCCUGCCGCGAGGCUGGCCGCUUGGUGGACGAAACAGAUUUCGUCCUCAAGGAUGAGGUGUGUGAAGCGGCUUUUGCCCGCAAGCGCGGCAUCACGCAAGGAUACUCCCUCGCAGCAGCCCUGGAGCGUGCUCGCGAGAACGGCCCAAUGCUUCAGGGCAUAUCAGUCUACUGCUUCCCUUCGGUUGGGGAGAAGCGAGAGCUGCCGAUGCUGGUUGCCGCCGCAGGUGGGACGUGGCUAAAGCGCUUCCCCCUGCAGCCAGCCUGCACAUCUGUGCUGCUGCUUGCUGAGCGUGCUGUAAGCAGCGAGAGGGAGCAGCAGCGGCGGCGCGUUUACGAGGUCUAUGACGUGGAGUUGCUGCGAGAGGCCGCAUGUACGCAGGAACUGCGCCGAGACGCUUAUCGCCUUCGCUGA